GGAACCGAAGUGAUUGAAUGUAUAAUACCUCACAACCACGCACUUGAGGGAGAAUCAUUCACUACAGAAACUUUCAAAAGCAUGAGCAAGCUAAGAUUUCUUUACCUCAAAAAGGUAAAUAUCACUGGAAGCUUUGAACAGAUAUUUGAAAAUUUGAAGUGGCUACGUUGGGACUGUUGUCCUUUCAAAUAUUUGCCUUCUGAUUUCUACCCGCAAAAACUUGUUAUUCUUGAGUUGCCGCACAGCAACAUUAGAACAAUGUGGCAGCUAAAUAAGGCUUCACGUGUUUUUGAAGAGUUAAAGACUCUAAACAUGUCGUAUUCUCAUUUAUCUUCAACUCCUGACUUUACUAAAUUUCCAUCUCUAGAAACUUUAAAUCUUGAGGGUUGUGAAAGUUUGGAGGAGAUCGACAUGUCAAUCGGAAGUUUGUCAAGGCUUGUUUCCCUCACUUUGCGUGGAUGUGUCAAGCUGAAAAGGCUUCCUGACACAAUUUGUAACUUGAGAGCAUUGAAAAUUUUAACUAUUGAUAGUUGCAUUAGUCUAGAAGCCUUGCCCAUAAAACUGGGGAACAUUGAAUCCUUGACAAAGCUCAAUGCUUCUGGCCUAAAUGUUUUGAAAUUACCAAAUUCAAUCAGGCGUCUCAGUAAGCUAGUUGAGCUGAACCUAAAGGGUAACAAGUACCUUGAAAAUCUUCCACAUACCAUUUGCAACUUGAGAGCUUUGCAAGUUCUAGAUAUUGGUGGUUGCAGUAAUCUGGACACAUUGCCUACGGCAAUUGGGAGCAUAAAAUCAUUGAGAGAACUGAAUGCAGAAAAACUAGCCGUAUCAAACUUGCUGGAUUCCAUUGGAUAUUCGUGCGCUUGCGAUUUAAGUGUUUUAUUUCUAGCACAUCAGAUAUCAUUGGAAAUUCUUAAUAUUUCUGGAUGUGAAAAACUAGAAGUAUUACCGGAUCAACUUUGGAAGCUUACAAGGUUAAGGGUGCUAGAUGCUGGUGGUGCUACAAUGUUGAAAAUACUUCCUGACAUAGAGUCAAGCCAGAUUCCAUUACCAUUACAAAAGUUGGAUAUAUCUGAAACUGGACUCACUUCUCUGCCAUCCGGUAUUAUUCAUUUUUCAAACCUAAAAAGUCUUGAGCUUAAUGACUGUAUUCAUUUGUUGUCCAUUAUAGAACUUCCUCCAAAUCUGAAAUACAUAACAGCAAAUGGUUGUACGUCUUUGGAAACAUUGCCACAUCUAUCAAAUUUGAAACAGUUGGAGGAGUUGGACCUUGCAUAUUGUAGUGGUUUAACUGAGAUUCUAGGCUUGGAGGAACUCAGUGCUCUAGAAGUACUUCAGUUGACAGGUUGCAGUUCAACUCUCGUGUCAUACCUUUUGACAAAGCGACUUUUCCAGAUAUAUUCUGAAUUUGGCCAUUCAAUUCAUAUUUAUGCUCCUUUGCCAGAUAUUCCGGAUUGGAUUAGUCAAUCAAGUGUAGGGGACAAAAUGUGUAUAGAUUUGCCGCCAAUUGUGUCAUAUGAUUUCUUGGGGAUGAUUCUUUGCUUUAAACACUUGGGAGUUGAUAAAGGUUAUUUAACUAAUUACUCUGUUAAGAAUAGAACAAGCGAUUUUAUAUGGAGAAGCAGUUUUGGAAUUUCUAGUCAUGAAUCAUUGAUAGUAAUAGUACCAAGAUCAAUCUUCUCUGUCAGAGAUGGGGAUGAUAGGAUUGAGUUGACAACAACAAAUGCAGGAUUGCAGAUGAUAGUGGGUUUUAUCUACAAUGAAAAUUCUGAUCAAUAAAGAUUGAAGAGUACUAUGGAACCACUGUCAAUGAAGAUGGUUGAAGCUUGUAAGUAACAAAAACGGACCACUCUCCCUCACAUGACAUGCUGAACCAUUGUGUGCUUUGUUUUAUUGGCGCAAAUUAUUUUUUUUACACUGCACAAACAAAUGAAGUUAAACUAUCAGCGGGUUGACUUAUAGCUAUAUAAUACAUGGUAGUUACAUUGCUGAAAGAUGAUAUAUUUGAUGACUGAGUGUUAUUUAUAGUUGCA